AUGGAGACCGUACAUCGCAAAUUCACCAGCUGGCGAAAUCCCUGGUCAUCUUCUUUCUGGACCAUCGGCGCCACCCUUGCUGCUCUGGCACUUCUAGCCACUAUCGGCUACUCCUUUACGACAUGGCAAUUAGAUCCCAAGGGGUGCGCGAUGUGCUAUAUGCGACCUUCAUUUGUCAAAUACACGGGUUUUGAUACCGAACAUACACCUUUCGCGAGCAAGUACUCGUUGUAUUUAUACCGUGAGGGUGUCAUCGACGAGGAUCCGAAACUCAAAGGUGUUCCGGUGCUUUUUAUACCAGGGAAUGCCGGUAGCUACAAGCAAGUACGACCACUCGCCGCCGAAGCUGCAUACCAUUGGCACGAUGCCUUGCAAUACGAUGCUGGAGCUAUAGGAGCUGGCAAGCGUCCUCUGGACUUCUUUUCGGUUGACUUCAAUGAAGACAUCACCGCUUUCCAUGGUCAAACUCUCCUCGAUCAAGCACAGUACUUAAACGAUGCAAUCUUAUACAUUCUCUCCUUGUACCACGAUCCAUCGCAGUCGAAUCGAGACCGAGACUUACCAGACCCAAGCUCUGUCAUCCUAGUUGGACACUCGAUGGGAGGAAUAGUGGCAAGGACUAUGCUCAUUAUGCCAAACUACCAGCCAAAUUCCGUCAAUACCAUACUCACCCUGGCCGCGCCGCACGCUCGACCUCCUGUCUCGUUUGAUGGAGAAAUUGUCCGGAUAUACUCAGAUAUCAACCACUACUGGCGGCAUUCCUACUCGCAAAAUUGGGCAAAUGAUAAUCCUCUAUGGCAUGUGACCUUGAUUUCAAUUGCGGGAGGAGGUUUAGACACGAUCGUACCCUCCGACUACGCCAGUGUGGCCUCACUGGUUCCCGAUACUCAUGGCUUUACGGUGUUUGCUUCAACGAUACCGAACGUGUGGACUGGUAUGGAUCACUUGGCAAUCACAUGGUGCAACCAGCUGCGGAAAAGCAUCGUUCGCGCAUUGUAUGACGUGGUAGAUGUCAAUCGCCCUGCACAGACUACGAGACGUGCGGAACGAAUGACGACGUUCAAGAAAUGGUUCUUGACGGGGCUAGAAGAUGCCGCCGAGAAAUCUCUGCAACACCAAGAUACCAACAUUCUUUUGACGAUUGAAGAUGAAUCCACUCCGGUAGAGUCUCCGGGAGGUCGACUUACUUUACGAAAUUUAGGUGAUUCCAAGAGGCCUCAGGCUUAUUUGAUCCCUGUGCCACUCCAAGGUGCCUCAGAUGCAUACAGAUUCACACUCCUAUCGGAUCAAAAACUCGAUUUUGCUGGUGGUAACGGAAAGCUCGAAGUCUUGUUCUGUAGCGUAUUCCCACAAUUCUCCGGACAGGUCGCCUCGGGCUUUGACAUUAAUAUAGACUUGUCCCACGGGACUGAAGGACCUAAAACACGUAUGGCAUGUAAGGACUCGGCCGCUGAUACAAUAAUCCUUCCUGCCUCUACGGGAGAUUCUGUGUUUCCUUUCGAUGACCGAGCGCCGUUCUCAUAUCUCCAAUACAGCGUCAACGAGCUUUCAGAGCAUCAAUUUGUUGCUAUUUUAGACAAGUCUUAUGAAGUCCAUACUGGCUUCCUUCUAGCGGAGUUCAGUUCGGACCUAGACUCUGUCAUCCGCUCCAACGACAGACUUGAGGAUCUAGUAGCACAUGGCCUAAAUGUGGAGCUCCCUGCGAAGCGACCCCUCUCUGUCGAUGUCAAGAUCCCGGCACUUAAAUCCAGCUUGCUAGCAUAUACCCUCAGAGUUACUGGAGGUACUUGUAUGUCGACACCUCAACUCUUCGCGCCAUUCGUUCGGCAAUAUGUCAGUGACGUUCAUGAAUCGAAAUUCUUUACCAACGUCAAGGAGACCAAUAUCAACGUUCACGGUGUUGCUCCUUACAUGCCACCAAACCUUGAGAAGGGCACGAAGCCUGGUGAAGGUCUUGCGCUCCAGAUAUGGACUGAUCCGACCUGUGAAAAUCCCAUUGAGCUGCAUCUGAACCUCGAUAUUCUCGGAAGUAUGGGCAAACUAUGGAUGCGGUAUCGUUUCGUCUUUGCGGCGUUCCCCCUCUUGGUGGUUGCCUUGAUUCUCAGAAAGCAAUUCAAGAUAUACGACCAGGAAGGGGUUUUCAUGAGUUUCUCAGAAGCGCUCAAUCAGUGUCUCAAGACCUCAUUGCCUGUCCUCAUACUUGCACUGACCUUCUUCUCGACCUCGCUGGCGAGAGCAAGUAUGUUGUCGGCUGGGACUACAUCACCUUAUGAUUGGUUUCUACGCCCCUUUGUCAACACCGGAGGUAUGGUCUCUGCAAUUGACUACUCCAAGAAUGACUUUCUUCUCGGCUUCCAGGAUGCUUUCUUCUGGUUUCUCGUACCUUUGUUUGGCUUGAUCUCUACCGGCAUUUGCGUUCUUCUGAACUUUACAGUGUUGACUCUGACUCACAUCUUUGCUCUCAUAUACGGCAAGAUUAGUUACGUACCACUUAGAAAUGACAACUCAAGUAGAAGAGGUCUUGGAGCUUUCGCAUCCACCAGACGACGCGUGCUCUUUACUGGCAUACUGCUUCUGCUAGUAUCUACGGUAAUACCCUAUCAUUUUGCAUACGUUGUGCUUUGCAUUGUACAAGUCGCAACAUGCACCAGAGCAUACCGGCUGGCCCAAGAUACCGGUUCAGCCGCCAACUAUAACUUCUAUAAUUACACGCACUCGAUACUGGUCUUCAUGCUUUGGAUACUACCUAUCAACAUACCUGUCCUGGUUGUUUGGUUACGCAACCUAGCAAUACAAUGGGCGACGCCGUUCUCCUCACAUCACAAUAUCCUACUUAUCAUGCCUAUAAUACUCCUGGUGGAGACCCUCACGACCGGUCGGAUGAUACCUCGAGUCACUACCAAAGUUCAAUAUCUUACCAACAUGUUCCUAUUUGGACUAGCUGUAUACGCCGCGGUGUUUGGGAUCACCCGCGGAUACAUUUUACAUCAUCUCGCCAAUGCACUAUGCGCCUGGCUUGUGGUCAUACAUGCCUCGGCAAAUUCAAUCUCCGCGUCCACUUUGACGACCCUCCUCGAUCGCCGACCUAUACAAUACAGCCGGCCUAAGAAGCGGCCCUAG